AUGGUCAAAAAGAGUUCAGCCCCGGUGAAGGGCAAGGCGAGUGCAAAGAAAGUGCUGAAAAAACCAGCCAGCAAGAAGGCCACACCUGCACAAUCUGAGCCGGCCGAGCCUCGACUAGUCGAGAAUAUGGCCACUUUCGAUCUCAAGGAAUUUCUUCAUGAAAUGCAGACCGUCUUGGGCUGUGCUCCUUGUGCUGACAAAGUCGUGCUGGCGACGGCGUGCUCAGGGUUGGGUGUUCCGGCAGCGGUUUUGCGCUCGAUCAUGGGCGAUGCAGCAAAGGUUGUCGAGAUUACGGCUUCCGAGAUCAGUGAGACCUCGGCCCAUGCGUUGCUGCAGAAUUGCCCAAAGGGCCACCAACCUUUGCAACUGUUGCGGAAUGUCGUGGAUGCUGCGUCAAGUGGCAAAUCCUUCUGCUACAUUGCAAAUAAGGUGACCCCAAUGAACGAGCUUUUUGGAUCUGAAGGAACAGAUAUUUACGUGGCAGGGUAUCCUUGCAACGAUAACUCCUCGAUGAAUACGAGCCGCUUCGAUCCUCAGAAGGACGCAACAACGACCCCGUUUGCGGCCGUGCUUCCGGCAGUGGUUCAUGUUUUGGAUAAACUGGCUCCCAAAGCUUUUCUUCUGGAGAACGUCCCGGGACUGUUAAAAAAACGGUCUGGUCAGAGUCCAUCCAGUGCUGAGCCGGUCAUGUCCUGGGUCGAGGACAAGCUCAAGUCCAAGCUAGGGAACCGCUACAGCUGGUUUUCUCUGAUGCUGCCUUCCGAUCCUCUGCCGACACGGCGUGAUCGCAUCUUCACCAUUGGUUUGAGGAAGGACAUUGCUUGCCAUCCUGGUCAACUUACUGGAUUGCAGAGUGACAUCAACAAGCUAGUUUCGGCGGCAUCCGCAAUGCCGGUGCAUCAUGUAAGUGGCUUCUUGCAUGUUGACCCUGCUCCGAAUGAUGCUCAGCAGACAGGGUGUGAGCCCGGCGGUGAUGCUGACGAUGGUGAUGAAGACAUGGUGGCUACCGGCUAUGUAGAUGCCCAGCAAGGCAACUAUGCUGUUUGCUUUGAGAAGGCUGUGCACAGGGCAGUGCAAGCUGGCCGGGUCAGCAAGGACAGCCCUCUUCUGCUCCCACAUAUUUCCCGAAUGUCUGCUUCCAUGCCACAUGAAACGGCUUGGAUGCGGGCUCAAAUCGAUGUGUACCAGCUGAUCAUUGCCCACAUGAAGGAGGGCCUCCAUCCCGAUGUUGCAGACAGCCUGCAUGCUGUGGCCGAUGUGGGCCAGAGUGCAGAGCGCGGGCACGUACACUUACAUGGCGACCUCCCAUGCCUGACAACAUCUUCAAGACUGUUCGAUUACCAGUCUAGGAGGUUUCUGCUGCCGGCGGAGCUUGCAGCCAGCAUGGGCAUGGGACGUGUUGACUUUCGCGGCUUGACACUUUCACAAUCAUCGGCCAUAUUGGGCAAAAGCAUGGCCACGACUACCUUGGCCAUCUUGUUCUUGCCACUCUUGAAAUGCUUGCAGAUGUGCCAGGAAGCAUAG